AUGUUGUACGAAUUGGUUGGAAUUGUACGACCCGGUAACCUGACCGAGGUGAAAGAAAUCGUCAUGGCCGCCGGCAACCUGAUUCUCCAAAACCGCGGCGUGAUUCGCGGCGUGUCCAACUGGGGCGUCUUUUCCCUGCCCAAGCCCACGACGGCGCAUCAGAUGCGCCACCGCGACGGCCACUACUUUGCCCUGCGCUUCGACGCCUCCAUCGCCACCCAGGACGCCGUCCGCCAGGUCCUCGCCCGCGACCCCCGCAUGAUCCGCCACACGACCGUCAAGCUCGGCGACGGCAAGCUGUCGUCCUUGGCCCGUCUGGGUCGCGAUGGUGGUCAUGGACCUCAGGGCUGGUAA